AUUUCAGCAAUCAACGUCUCCAAACAAACCAAGAAGACAACCCACAACAACAAGCUCAACCAAAGCAACGCAGAGCAAAAGUUGAGCCAUCAGCGCCCCUGUGCGAGUGUGUGUUUGUGACAGGGAGGAUGAAGAGGAGCGCACCGAUGACGCCGAUCACGUCACGAGGGAUGGCGAUGGUGACCGCGGUGGUGAGUUUGGUGGCUGUCGCUGUUAUUGCGGGCAGCGUCACCGCUGCUGCCGUGCCUGUGAACGGCAAGCACGCUGGAGCAACCGUGAUGCACAUGCACCACAGCAUCGAGGCGGCUGCGCACGUGGUGGACUUUGCCAAGGUUGGUGGCGUGGCCAACGACAAGUCCCUCUCUGUCGCGCAGGCAAACAGCAAGCUAAUGAACACGACGCUGGCCAGCCUGGCGCCCGGGGACACGCUGCUCAUUCCAAACACGACCUUCUGGCUCAUGGGCGGCAUCUACGCCACGGGCAUUCGGGACGUGGUGAUCCAGAUUGACGGCACGCUGGCGUACCUGGACGACAUGAAGGCGUGGCCGCGCCACCCCGAUGGGCGCGUGUUUGAGUGCAUGCACCUGGAGAACGUCGACAACAUCACCAUCACCAGCUCCGGCAUGGGCACCAUCGACGGCCACGGCAGCGCGUGGUGGGGCGCGGUGGAGUACCUGCUCAUUGGCGAGAACAGGCCCAAGAUGCUGUACAUCCACAACGCGUCGCAGCUGCUGUUUGAGCACAUCCUGUUCAAGAACUCACCCUACUACCACGUGAUGGCAGAGGACGUGGAGGACGUUGUGAUCCGCUACUGCGACGUGGAUGCGCGGCGCACGGACCGCCCCUACCACGAUCUCUUCGACCUCACCGCCUUCAACACAGACGGGUUUGACGUGGCGGGCAAGAACGUGCACAUCCACGACUGCAACAUCUGGAACGACGACGACUGCAUUGCCGUGAAGCAGCAGACGGGGGACAGCAUCCGCUCCCCGUGCAGCGAGAACAUGCUCUUUGAGCGCAUCAACGCCAGCGGUGUCGGCCUCACCAUCGGGUCCAUCGGCGCCUCCCUCGCGCACACGUGCGUGCGCAACAUCACCUUCCGUGACAGCGUGAUGCACAACACGUUCAAGGGCAUCUAUAUGAAGUCGCGGCCGGAGGAUGACCCGGCAACUGGCUCCAUCUCCGAUGUCCUGUACGAGAACAUCACCAUCUACAACCCGACCCAAUGGGCCAUCUGGAUUGGCCCGCAGCAGGCCGGCUACAAGCACGCGUGCUCGUUGCUGUGGCCGGAGGACCCCAUUGCCAAGUGCCCUGUGCCGAGCAACAUGCACUGGCACAACAUUGUGCUGCGCGACAUUGUUGUGUAUGACCCACUGUGGAGCCCUGGCGUGAUCCUGGGCAACAGCACCAAACCCAUGGAGGCGAUUGCGUUUGACAACGUCAAGGUGGUCAACCCUGGCGUGUACCCGUGGGGCGACAAGUACUACAAGUGCAAAGGCGUCGCCAACUCCACUGCCACGCACGGCACCAACCCAAUUCCCCCGUGCUUUGACCACCACACAAACUGAGCGAGUUGACGGGGCGUGUGGUUGCGUGACGUGUGUAUGCACCAUUGUGUGUGUGUAUGUGUGUGUGUGCGUGUGUGUCUGUGUGUGUGUGUGCGUGUGUCUGUGUGUCUGUGUGUAUCUGUGUGUUUGUGUGGUUGCGCGAUGUAUGUAAGAACGCAUCAAUGAGUGUGUGCUACGUUUGCCGUUGCUUAUCUGUGUUGACCGUGACGGUUCGCUUGUGCAAGUGCCGUCCUUUGCGUGAUCUCCUUUCCUCGGCUUCGUUUUGCCUUUUCGGGUUGUCGCUUCGUUUCGUUGGCUGGCUCCAAUGUUCACAGGCUCGCUUUCCUUCUCGGUGUAUGUGUUGUGCAUUUCCUUGUCAAUUCCAAUGCUUUCAUGUCCACGGCAUUGUGUCUUCCCGUUGUGCUGCCCAGAUGGCAGUGAUCAUGGCCACAAGGGUACCUGAUCACAUAACAAUACACACGUUCAGCUGGCUG